AUGAAUCCAUCGGAUCCAAAAUAUAUUAGAAAUAUUAUAUUAUCUUAUUUAUAUUCGUGUGUCAUUGAUUCUAAUCCAAAAAGUAUUAUUGGUUUUGAUCAAUACAAUGCACGAGAUAAAGCUCCAAUUAUGCAAAAUAUUCUUGCUGCUGAUGAAGAAAAACAAAUUGAAGCACUUUACACAAUACAACAAUUUGUAAUCGAAUUGAAACAUCCACAUGGAAUGGUUUUGAAAUUGUCCGAUACAUUUUAUGAUGAAGAGUGUGUAAAGGAAGAAGUAUUUUGGAACUGGCUAAGAAGACCAAAUCCAGCAAAAAAAAAUGAUCAAAUUCAAUUAAUUGAAUCAACAAAAAAAUUUUUCAUUUGGUUGUCACAACCCACAUCCUCCACCAUCAAAGAUAUCGAUAAUGAUGAUGAUUCUUCUUCUGAUGUCGACAAUGAUGAUGAUGAUGAUUCUUCUAAUGUCGAUAAAUCGACUGAUGAUCAUAAACAUUUUUGGUGUGCAGUAACUGUUGCAAGUAAUUAUAAUGGUAAAGAACAACUUGAAGUAACAUCAGUAGAACGAAGAAAUGAAAUAAUUACAAUUAAAAAUGAUUCUGAUCUUCCAUCAUUGCGUAAUCCAGAGAUUCUCAUUGGUCAAAAAGAUCUUACUGCUUUAUCUUAUUUAAAUGAACCUGAAGUUUUAUAUAAUCUUGAAUCUCGUUUUAAUAAAUCUCAAAUUUAUACAAAAUGUGGAAUCGUCUUAGUUACAAUAAAUCUUUAUGAAUAUUUAUCUAUCUAUGGAAAUGAUACAAUUCAAUUGUAUCAUGAUCAAGAUAUUCAAUUAUUAGAACCACAUAUAUUUGCAACAGCUGAAUUAGCUUAUCAAUCAAUGGUGAAUUCUAUGAAAAAUCAAUCAAUUAUUGUUUCAGGUGAAUCAGGGACAGGAAAAACUGUUAGUGCUAAAUAUGCAAUGAGAUAUUUUGCAAAUGUUGGUGAAUUAUUAGAAGAAACACAAAUUGAAAAAAAAGUUUUAGCAUCAAGUCCAAUUAUGGAAGCAAUUGGAAAUGCAAAAACAAUAAGAAAUGAUAACUCAUCACGAUUUGGAAAAUAUAUUGAAAUUGGUUUUUUAAAAUAUCAUAUUUGUGGUGCAUCUAUGAGAACUUAUCUAUUAGAAAAAUCAAGAGUUGUUUAUCAAGCACCGGAUGAACGAAAUGAUCAUAUAUUUUAUCAAUUAUGUACACAAUUUAAUCAACCCGAAAUGAAAUCUCUUGCUUUAUGUAAGUUUAUUCAUAUUUAUUUUCUUUAUUAACAUUGUCUUACUCAUCAUCCAUAUAUUCACUGAUUAUGUUCUAAUUAUGACUAAAAUUUAACAAGAAGAAAAGAACCGAAUUCUAGGAUUUUAUCAGAACUUCGCCAACAGAAUAUUCAUCAAUGGUGAAAAUUCAUUGUACUUUCGACGAUUAGCAAAAUUUCAGAGGAUGUAUUGACGAAAAUACAAUACAGUUUCACCAAUUGUCAUAAAACAAUGUCAAUAUAUAAUGCAUGUCAGUCCAAUUAACGAAAUUCCAGGGAAUCUCUAUUGACAAAGUAGUAAUUAGGAAGUUAUGACAUCAAGGAGAAAGAGUGGAGGAUUACCCAUUAAUCUUUUAUUGCUAUUUAUAUUUGAGAAAUAUGGGUGUGGGUGUGGGUGUGGGUGGGGGUGU